CUGGGCUGCGCUCAGUAUAAAAGCCCGAGGUGACUGGAAGCCGUUAAUCAUCCUCAACCUCACCAGCAAGAUGAACGUGCUCGCGCCCACUCUCCUAGUGGCCAUUUUCUUGGCCUCCUCAAACGCAGUCUGCAUUCCAGGCCAAGUUUCCAACGUGGUUCUCAGCUCCAACUACAGCCUGUCUUGGUCGGAGGCCUCCAAUCCGCACAACUGCACCAUCAGCAACUACGUGGUAGAGGUGCUGGACGAUGAGGACAGCGCCACCAUUUUCCAGGUGCAAACGGUCAAAAAUAUCCUGCAUUACAACUUCAACUUCCUGGACAUGUGCAAGAGCUACUCCUUCAACGUGCACGCCUUGACCAGCGACUUUGUCUUGGGGCCUGCGGACAGCUACAGCGCCACCACGGAACCUCUGGAUAGUGCGAAUCUAACACUGGCCUACGUGGAACUGGAUGAAACUGAGGGCAGUGAUGAUGUGAUGGAGGUCAGCUGGGACUUGGCAAGUGAUGAGGCCAGCAGAUGCGUCACCUCCUACCGCGUGUCCUACUGGGACGAACGGAACAAACCUCAGGAACAGUUCGUCUCCGCAAAGUCCUUUGCGUUUGAGGAGGAAGCUGCCUGCAGGAACUACAGCCUGCAAGUGAGCGCCAUCAUCGGCAAUCCCGACAUCGAGGGGCCGGCAUUGACCGCAGUUUUUCCUGGACACAGCAAAGUCCCAGACGUGCCCACUUCGGCAAAUGUUUCCCCAACAUCCAACUCUGCGACAAUGAUAUGGAAACUGGAGGCCUACGAAAAGAACCUUUGCACCAUGUUGGCCCUCAACGUCCGAACCCUUGGUGCUCCAAACGAUGAGACAAAUUUGCGAAUACUCGUCACAGACAACCUUCUUAGACCCGACGUGAUCGUUACUCUUACCGGGCUUUCGGCCAACACUGUUUACACCAGCUACGUUAAUGCGGAAAAUAUAGCAGGAACCUCGAAAGAUGUCACCGUUAUGUUCCAAACUACCGAUGAGUAAAUGUAGAAUAAAGUAUUUAUGAAUAAAAAAAAUAUUCUAUUAGUA